CGAUUGCACCUCUGGCAUUCGGACAAUGGCGAGCGGGUUCUUCCAACGGUCCCACUGCUGCGGGCAAAGGCGGAGAGCGCUGUGCGCUGAAGAUGUCACCUGCAACAAUGCCUGCUUCAUCCUCGAUGGCCCCAAGCACUGCAAGCAGUCAUAUUGUAUGGUGGCGGUUCAGCUGGUCAACAGCUUUGAGGAGAUGGUCAACGCUUCAAGUCAGGAUGGGGCGAAACUGGAUGAAUCUGGAUUAAUGUUAAAGGAAAUGGCUGGUUCAGAUGCGGAAGGAGGGAGUUGCGUGCCCGGGCCGGUUGGAUGGAUCAGGGCCCCCGCUCCUGCAGUCGAACAGGAAGGAUUUCCCGCAUAGAAAAAACCUGGGACCUUGGCCGAUCCUAUGCAAACGAUGCGUGUCCAGGCGGAGAGUCGUAUAUCAGCCAUUCAUACCACUCAACGACACAACCAAGUCAUCAAUUCGCCGUCGCCGCUGCUACUCCCGCCACCAAAGCGCGUUUCGCCUCAUUGUUGUACUGUAUGUCCAUCCAGUUCUUUCUCGACCUGCGCCUUCACCCGGCAGGUCGAACGGUCGACGCCUGAUGUUGUCGGCCUUGUUGUGCAAGGCGACAGAUCUCCUGGAGUCUUAUCUCCGAAGGAGCUGCAUUACAUCGUCAUCUCUUUUUUUGAGAUGUCCCUUCAACGGGGAGAUGUAUGCCAACCAGAACGAUAUGAUGCCUGCCUUUCAGCCUAGUAGCAAUAGCGCUACUACCUCAGUUCGAGUCCUUCCACCUGUGUACUCGAACUCUUAGCUCGGCCGCUUGAACGAAGUUAUGACCUUGGACGCUUAAAACGCAAUGCUGCAUCCGAUUGUCGAGAUUCUAUAGCAAUA